AUGCAUGCCUCCCCCUCCACACAGUCACAUCCUGCGGAAAUCAUUUCGUCUCGGACCUUCGCUCGUCCCAUUACCUCAUGUCUGCCGUGUCGUAGUCGCAAAGUCAAAUGUGACCGUCGACAACCGCUAUGUUUGGUGUGUGAGAAGGGUGACCAUGUCUGUUCUUACGUGUCGAAGCCUCAGUCGUCAGGGCCGGCCUCAGAGUCGAACCGAAUCACCAAACGCAGCAAUGCGCCCAAGAUCUCUCCAGCCACGCUGGCCCGAAUUCAUCCUAGUCUUCAACGUCUUGGUAACUUCAUGGCGCAAGCAAAAGCAUAUGAGGCGUCGGCGCAUAGUCCCUCGUCGCGAGAGUCAUCCACACCUACACAAUCGACGCCCGCCCCCAAUAAUGCGUCAGCCCCACAGUCGCGAUCGCAAGAAGACGCACUGAUUCUCGAUAAUGGAGUUCCCCACUUUGUUUCUGGUAAACAUUGGGCCUGGAUGGCAGCAGAGCUCCAGGGAAUCCAAUCAGUUCUUGCGGAAUUCCAGGAUUCUUCACCUGAACAGGCGCUCGAAGAUGUCGUCUGGGACGCCAAUUUCCCUGUAGUUAGUGGGGCUACUUUCUGGCCCGAUACAAGAGAGGAUUGCUAUUUACUCCUUAAUGUCUUCAUGACCAAUGUCGACCCAAUUCACCGAAUUAUCCAUCGUCCAAGUUUUGCACGUCGCUUCGAUGAAUUCGUCCGCACCCGUUACCUUCUGGAUAACCAUCAAAUCCCUAUUAUGACGGAGAGCGGUAGCAGUAUGAUUUCCACUUCGGAAACUAUGGACGCAUUCGAGCCGCUAGUCAUGUCCAUAUUCUACGCGGCCGUCAACAGUAUGAAGGAUACCGUAGUGGCCUCCAUGUUCGACAGGGACAAGUCCUCCCUCAUGAAUCGAUACCGAACGGGAACGGAAGUGCAUUUGAAACGACAGACGUUUAUGACUUCGAAGAAUUUUGAGGUAUUGCAAGCAUUUGUGAUUUUUCUGACGGCACAGUACCGGGAAGAUGAUAUGGGGAAGGUAUGGCCGUUGACCGGGCUGGCUAUUCGGAUGGCGACUGUCCAUGGACUCCACCGGGACCCUUCAGCUCUGCCGCUGGGGACACUUGACGUCAUACAGGUGGAAUUGCGUCGUCGCCUAUGGGCGCAAAUCUGCUACUUGGAUUUCCGGGCGGCAGAGGAUCAUGGGUUUGCGCCUUCAAUUCAUGAGUCGGACUUUGAUACGCGUCGACCCCUCAGCCUGGAUGAUGUUGACCUGAUCGAAGGGGUGGAACCCCCAGCUGGACUCUCAGAUGCUCCUAAAUUCACCGAUAUCACCAUCUAUCUACUGCGGAUCACCGCGGUCCAAUAUUACGGGCGGUUAAUCCAGGUGACGCAUGGUUCACGAAAGCGAUUGCGCACCAGCCCCCGCAGUCCUCUGAGCGAGACUGAAGCAUUAACGGAGCUCAAAGGCUUGGUAAACACAGCCGAGACUCUCGCCAGCGAUUUUGAGAAGCAUCUUGACGAUCUCGUUCAAUAUUGUGAUAAGAGAUUGAGUAUGCAAUCAAUGGCCUUGGAUUUGAGAAACCACUUGAAAUCCAAAUUCUGGGUAAUGUUCUGGAUUCAAAUCCCUCGACAAGACCGCGAGAAGGUUAUCAGUCCCGCUAUGAGAAGAAAUUUAUUCGUGGACGCCGCCACAGCCGUAGAGAACUGGUGUACCAUCGCAUCCAGCACGGCCUGUGAACCCUUCCAAUGGCAUAUAUCCUCCCACGCCGGCUUCUACCUGAUCCUCUAUGUUCUCUCCGAACUCCGCAGUGCCGGCUUCCAAUCCCCGGAAUGGGCCGAUCUCCGCCAGCGAGGCCUCCAAUUAGCGAAUACCAUCUACGAUCUUCGGGGUCAGCAUACUGCCGGUGCAUGGCCCGCAAUCAUUUGGUUGGUGAAUCGUAUUCGAUUCCAGCAGGGUCUCGGUACUGGUAUCGGUGACAACCAGCCUACCGGGACUGGUCUAUCUGAGAAUGAUCAUGGUACGCUGAUGGAAUCUUUUGCUGCUGCUGCUCCUCCAGGCUCGGCAGGAAUGGGUCUUGAUACGGCGGAUUUCAUGGGAAUGGUGAAUCUGGAGGAUUUUGAUUUUGCAGACUUGGAUAGUAUGGAUCCGAUGGGGCUUGAUGAAUUGUCAUAG